GUGUUUUAUUUCGGCACUGCCUGAACAGACCAGGUUCAUUACCGCAAAGCUGCUGUGAAAACAUUGUGCGAUUUACCAGCUAAAAUCAGGAAAGUGAAUGUACUUCACAUCGAGAUGUUUGUGACUGUGAUGUUGGAUGAGGGACGGGAGCAGCUUUUAAACCUAAAUUGCUGGAUUAUAAACUUUGUCCAUUGUCUUAAAGAGAAAUGCGGUUUGGAUCUGGAAGAGAGUGUGGAUUUGAUGGACAGGGAUGGUAAGCUGAUGAACCUCACAGAGAGAGCGCAGAGCACUGACCUUGUCAGCAGUGUGCUGAAGGAGAGAGAAACUUAUAUUCCAGUAUGCGUGACACGUGUAGGAAGUGAAGGACCUAAGUAUUCUGCAAUCUUUGAAUAUAGGACAUGUCACCCUGAGCUAGCAGAGGUCCUUAGAAAACUGUCAAAUCCUUCAAAGGAACGAGACAAAAGGGGCGGAGCGUCAAAGAAGGGAGGAGUCAGUCAAAGCCGCAUUAAAGCUGCUGUCAGAAAGAGCAUAGCUAUUCCUAGGAGCUGA